UGGGUCCAUUUUUAUCUUCUAGACGCCUCCAUAAUUUGAGAGAUGGCAAGUGAAUACAAAAAGAUUGUCCUUCUAAAAGGAUUUCAGAACAUGGAAGACUACCAGUUUAGGACAAUCAAGUCCUUACUAAGAGCAGAACUAAAACUAACUAAAAAAAUGCAAGAUGAGUAUGACAGGAUCCAGAUGGCUGACCUGAUGGAGGACAAGUUCCCAAAGGACGCUGGACUAGACAAGCUGAUAGACGUGUGCAAAGACAUUGAAGGACUUGAAGACCUUGCAGAAAACCUUAAAACAGAGAAGGCAAAAGUGAAAAAGCAAAAGAAAGGAGGAAAACAAGGUGAACCCAACAGUUCCCAAUCUCUGUCCACCAACAAUGAAUCAAACAAGAGUAAACCCUCUUCAACGACAAAGAGAAAACAACCCACAAAAGCUGAAGGUGGAAAGAAAAGGAUGCUUACCCAGGAACAGACUGGGCUUCCAGAGCCUUCAGGAACCAACAUACAAAAUGAUGAAAGUUGUCUCCAGACUCCUCAUAAGCCUCCACCAACAUCAUCCAGCAGUUCCUCAAAGAAGACCCCACAUCAGAGCACUGCCAGAGGUGCCAUUCUCCAAAAGGAUGUCAUGACAGUGAUGGUGCUUAAAGCAACAGACCUAUUUGAAUACGAGUCAUCAGAACAUAAAAUAAAGACCAUGUUUCAUGCUACAGUGGCUACUGUGAAUGAGUAUUUCCAUGUGAAAGUUUUCAACAUCUGGCUGAAAGAGAAGUUCACAAAAAAUAAUGUCAUCAAGAUCUCCAAUUAUGUCAAGAGCAAAGGAAUCCUGGAGAUAAAUGAAGAUUCCUUUGUGGUUGAUGCUGGACCUGAUGAAAAGAUUGAAGUCCCCAACAGUGUUAUCAAAAGAGCAAAUGAAACUCCCAAGAUCUCUGAUAUUCACAAGGGUGUUUCCGGAGCACUGUUUUAUGGCUUGUUUACAUUACACAAGAAAAACGUGAAGCCAAAGAACACAAUCUAUGAAAUAAAAGAUAACACAGGAAAUAUAGACGUGGUGGGGAACGGAAAGUGGUACAACAUCAAAUGUGAGGAAGGAGAUAAACUCCGACUCUUCUGCUUUCAACUGAAAACAAUUGACAAGCAACCAAAGUUAGUGUGUGGAGAGCACAGCUUCAUUAAGGUCACUAAGCCUGGGAAAAAAAAGGAAACACUCGCUGCCGCUUCAAGCACAACAGAUGAAGAAAAACAUGUCUACCAACAAUAUCAAUACAGUUUUUUUAAAGUUGAGACACCGUUCUAAUCAACAGUGUUACUACUACAUCCAAGUAUUUACUAGAUUUUAUAUCUGAUU